AUGGCCCUCAUACCUCUCCUCAUCCUCUCCCUCGCCAUCCGCACGGCCACCGCGGACUUGUCGGAGCCACCAAAACCGGCGUCAGAAAAAGUCACCGAUGUGGGUGUCGAGGGCAUCGUCUACUGCCAAACCUGCCAACAAUACGGGACUUGGAACGUAGGUAAGGCCAAGCCCAUCCAGUCGGCCAUUGCUAGUGUUAUCUGCAAGGAUCACAGAAAUCGAGUCAGUUACUACAAGGCAUUCAAAACAGACAAAAACGGCUACUUUUACGGAGAGCUAAAGGGUUUCAAAAUGACACACUCUUUCUUGGACCACCCUUUGCAUUCAUGCAAGGUCAAACUAGUUUCUUCGCCUCUUGCGAACUGUAACCUCCUCACGAAUGUGAAUUACGGUCUCUAUGGGGCACCAUUACGUUACGAGGGCAAGAGAAUUGUCGGGCCAAACUAUGAGGCCGUGGUGUAUGCUGCGGGCCCGUUGGCUUUUCGCCCGGGGAAUUGUGUUCCGAAGGAAGGGGAAAGCCUGAGUUGA